AUGUCGGUUCUGAUUCCCACUAAUCCUAUCACUAACCCAGAGUCAAAGAAUGGACAUAUUGCAUUCGCUUAUUACCAAAUAUUUGUUAAAAUGGACAACGCUGAUGAAACAAACGCUCUUGGGAUCGUAAUCAGAAUUUUGGCCUCUAUAGUAAAUGAAAUAUUACCACUAG